AUGUCGAACGCGUCGACGUCCGUCCUCUCUUCCUUUGCCAUUCGUGGCGGUAAAAGUGAUGUUUCCCGAACGCCGCGGGGAAAGAAAUCAUCGUCUCGACGAGAACAAAACGAGGAGGACGAAAACGAUCGCACCGCUGAUCUACCACCACCGUCUCGCGCGGAACACUUAAUCUUAGCGUGGAUAUCGAUCAACCCGAGCGUGAAACGGUUGUGCGGGUACGGUUUGGAGCCGUUUCAAGAGGAAAUUCGAUUCCUCUUGGAAGGGUUGCUUUGGAGAGAGAUACAAAAAUGGACCAAAAACGAGGAGGACGAGGAGGAGGAAUCUUCUUUAGCUUCUUCUUCUGACGCGAAAGAAGGAGCUAAACGAGUGUGGGUGAAAGGCAUUCUCGUUCGAGCGAUGAUGGUGUUUUUCAUUCUGUAUCCAAACUACGUCGUGUUGGCGACGUGCGCGGUGUUCGUCCGGGCGUCUUUGCGAGCGAGGCGAAGGGCGAGUCUCGAGAGGAGGAGGAAUACGAAGGAGAAGAAGAAGAAGAAGAAGAACAAGGAGGAGGAAGAUGUCGUGGUGCCUCGGAUGAGCGCAUACGGUGUGAUUGUUUUAGAAACCAUAGCGGACCGGUUGGAAACGAUCGCGUCGAUUGCGAGCGGGAGAGACCCGUUGGCGCUGAGAGUGGCGUGUUUCGCGUGCGCGUGGUUGUUCGUCUUGUCGUUUUUCGUGAGUUUCAGCGCGUGGUUCGCGGCGUUGGCGCUGUUUGCGACGAAACCAAAAGGCGCGAAGCGAGUUUUAGAGGCGUGUUUUAGAUGA